AUGGAAGAUAUAAAUAAAAGAGAAAAGAGGAUGGAUGUAGUCGUACAAUCAUCAUCAAAUCAAUUGUCAACAUCAUUAUUCAAAGCUGUAUUAAAUCAAUCAUAUAUUAAAAGAUUGAUAUUCAAUCAUGUUAGUUCUAUUCACAAACAAUUAGAGAUUACAACUGUUAAAGUAUCAUCACUUUAUACUCUGAUUGAUUAUAUUAGAUAUGAUCAACUUUGGAGUUUAAUGUUUACUGAUGGUAGAUAUAGAGUUGAUCAUAGUCUGAGAUUAACUAAAAUCAUAACAACAGCUAUUGAUUAUCAUAAUGAUAGUGUAUUGGAAUACUUGUUGAAGAGGAUCAAGACUGAUAUCAAGGAAAAUCUUGCACCAGAUCAAACAAUGGUGAUUGUCAAUUACGAUCACAAUGGUAGUUUGAAAGUAGAAUCUAAAGAUAUUAAAUGUCUAAGUUCAAAAGUGUUUAAUCUAUUGAUUGAAGACAAUGUAUUCAUUCUUUCAAAAGUAUUAUUACAUAGAAUGGUAAAGACUGCUAUCUUGGUGAUUGGGGAUAUCGAUGUCAUUAAACUCAAAAAAUACAAUCUCAAAGAUAUUCAAAAUUUAAUUAAAGUAUGGUGCUUGGAAAUCAGUCAAAAGAGUGGCGAUGAUUUAUUGAAGAAAAAGACAGAAUCAUUUGCCAAUUCAUUGGCAUCUGGAUCACAAGAAGCUGUCUCAUCGUUUUUCAAGUCUGCACACCAGGACAACUACUUCCAAAUCAACACCGAUGGCAUCAAGUCAAUUGAUCCAGUAUUUUGCUCUCGUCAUUACAUCAAACUCUUGUCAAAAUAUGUUGAUCCAGUUGGAGGUUCUCUCACCAAUAUCAUCCGAUCAACACUUCAACAAUCAGCAAAAGGUCAAGAGUAUGAAGAAAUAGAUUAUGUACUCAAAUCAAAGUUUUGUCAAAAACUAAAACUCGACAUUGCAGACUCUAUUGCUUCAAUCUUUGACAUUACUAGUGGUGACGGUCAUGAACUUUUGGUAGAGAGAUUGAUCAAAUAUGCAAAGGAAUUCCCCAAAAAGUAUUCAUUCAUAUAUGUCUCUGUACGGGUUUUUGAAGUAUUCAGUAAACCAUUCAUAGAAUUUGAUGAGAAUUAUGACAAAUGGAUACUACAUCCAGCUCUUAUUGAAAAGAUGUCCCAUCUUCCAAAUUCUUGUCUGAAAUAUCUAGAUCAUUUCUACUUUUAUCUCUCUAGUGCAGCCAUGACUAUCAACAUGAAACUCUUCAAAAAGAUUUCCAAAACUUUACCAACCGAAAAACAAAGUGACCUAAUAUACUAUGCAACAGAAUUGACAGAUGAACAAUUGCAUAGACUAAAUCAACAAGACCAACUUGAUUCAUAUCAAUACAUCAAAUAUCCAAUGAAUCCACCUCCAUUGAAAACAGAAUAUAUUGGAAUUUGCAAUCAAUGUUUACAAAAUUAUUAUUUCCAAAACAAAGAUAAUAAUAAUAAUAAUAGAAUAGUAAAGAAUUAUACUCAAAAAGAAUAUGAAGACUUUAUUAAUCAGGCAAUUGAAAUUGUUUAUACUGCUGGCGAGAGCAAUAUGUUGGGCAUUUUCUCAUUUAAAACCUUUAAAUCCACCUCCAUUAUUUAA